AUGGCAGGCGCUUCCGAAUCAACGCCUCUUCAGGCUCCAUCUACUCCCGACCCGCCCAACGGCAAACUCAAUGUCUACGGAGCCAUCCCUAACUCCACCACAGACAAUGCUUCACCCCAAGCCGGCGCGGAUAACAACAAUGUAGAACCUCCACUGCCGAAACAAUACCCUCGAGGGCCGAAGUUCGCCGUGAUCAUCGCAAGUCUAUGGGUGGUUCUAUUCAUGGCAGCACUCGACGGAACUAUCGUGGUCACCUUAAUUUCUUCCAUCUCUUCCUCAUUCAAGGCUUCGGAAAAGUCAGGUUGGCUUAGCACGUCCUACCUUCUCUCCGUAUGCGCCUUCUCAUCGAUCUAUGGUCGUUUGAGCGAUAUCAUCGGUCGAAAAGGAGCACUAUUGGUCGCACUAAGCUUCUUCACGAUAGGAACGUGUCUUUGUGCGGUAGCGAAGAGUAUGAAUGCGCUGCUGGUGGCUAGGUUCGUUGCUGGUAUCGGCGGAGGCGGACUGUUGACUACGUCUUCGAUCUGUAUGACCGACCUUGUCCCGCUUCGACAGCGAGGUUUGUGGCAAGGAAUCACAAACAUUCUCUUUGGCUCAGCCUCGGCACUCGGCGGCCCCCUAGGAGGGUUCAUCAACGACGCAUUCGGCUGGCGUACAGCAUUCGGCUUCCAAGUCCCUUUCCUCCUCGUCGGAGCCUUGUGCAUCGCAUCCUUUGUCAACAUCCCACUCCCAUCCUCCGAUCAAUCCUGGCACAAGAAGUUAGGCCGAAUCGACUACCUCGGCUCUCUCGGCUUAAUCUCAUCUUCAAGUUGCUUACUCCUCGCCAUGAGCUUCCUUUCCGCUUCUCUUCUACCCUUCUCCCACCCUCUCGUAUGGGGCUUUCUCCUCGGAUUCCUCAUCACCGCCGUUCUCUUCGUCCUUGUCGAAGGCUGGGUUGUGCGCGAACCAGUAAUGCCACUCUCGCUUCUCACUCGCAAAUCCCCUGCACUGAUCGGCGCAUCUUACUUGCUCGGCUCCUUGGCACAUUUUGCUACCAUUUUCCACUUCCCACUAUGGUUUCAAUCCGUUCGACUCCAAUCGGCUUCUCAAGCAGGACUUCAUCUUAUUCCGAUCUCCUUGUCCGCUGCUGCGGGGUCUCUAUGGGCAGGGUUGUAUAUGCGGAGAACGGGUAAAUACUGGCAUGCUAACAUCUUCUGCUGCUUCCUGAACAUUGCCUCUACUGCAUACGGCGCAAGUUGGACCCAAGCCACUUGCAGCUGGGUAGAAUACUUGACCUUUUGCCCACAAGCAUUCGGCACGUCAGCGAUCUUUACUUUUAUGCUCAUCGGUCUCAUUGCUUCCGUCUCGAAAGAAAAAGCUGCGGUGGCUACGGGAACGGUUUACCUCUUCCGAUCUCUCGGCCAAGUGAUGGGAGUGAGUCUUUCAACAGCUCUGUUUCAGAUGCUAUUACAGGCACAGAUGGGGAAGAAUAUCACACUAGAUCUCCUACCCGAUCCAGGAGAGGGUGUCGAAGGUGUAAGCAAGUUAAUCUCGGCAUUGAGACACGAUGCGUCGUUAGUGCCGAGUUUAAGGCCGGUCGAGUUGAGGGAGGCGGCACAGUUGUCGUAUGAGAAUGCGAUCAAGUGGGUGUUUGUGUUUGUGACAGCGUUGAAUCUGUUGUAUUUGGCCGUUUGUUGGCCGGUUGAGGAGUAUGAGUUGUCGGAUAAGCCUGCUACUUGGGCUGAGAGAGAUGAUGGGGAGGUGAGGAGGGAGGAGCAAGAUACAAGACCAACCUCUACUGGUUCUGAAGCGUAG